AGUGAGCCUGAAGGCGCGACACUGUGAAUUAGCGUGAAUGAGUACAGGACGGACAAAUUGCAGUCAUCUAACCUCUGUCGAAUUUUUUCCCCUCCUUGUCUAUAGAACUUAUGGUGAAUAUAUCAUCGAAGACGACAUUGGACGCAACAGACGCCAUGAUGGGAGGUCGAAAGGUUGUUACUUAGCUGACCAACACUUGUUACGUCACCUGCCACCAUGAACUUGUUCAAGUUGAAGUUCGUUCGGCGGUCACUGUCAACAUGCAGGAUCAGGGAGCCCCCUUCGCAUUCUUCGCGAAUUGCUCCGACUCCUCUUGUCUUCGUGUCUGCAUCAAAAUGGGACCCCCAAGCACUGCGCAUGCCUGUUCACGCUUCAUUCUUUCUCGAGAAGGGUUUCACAUGUAUCGAAGUUGAUAUAUCCCCGCCCGAGCCCUCUCCUUCUCAGAAUUCAGCAAAUCUGAUCAAGUAUUUCGAGGCCGAGCUGCAGGGCACCAUGCGGUUAUCGAUGAUACCUUUUCCACCUGUGUUCUUUGCUCGCCAUGCGGCUUCACUUAUUGUCCAGACAUACAUCUCUUCCAAUCCGGCAUCCGCUAUUGUCCUCUUCUCGCCUCCUGCAUCUAAUGCCGAGGUUUCGCGAGCCCUGUUACCUACUCCACUAGAGGAAUUCAAUUUUGAGCCUCGUUUUCCGAUUGCCAUCGUCUCUGAUCCAGCCGAGAUGGAACAUCUUCGGGCCAAAAACAGGCUCGUCCAGAGCCCAGGUGUCGAAACAAUCGUCGCAUCUGAUGUUGACGGUUCCGAAGCAUUCAGUUGUAUUGAACGCUGGUUUGAUACUCUGGGUAUAUGAAACUAUGUUGUGAGUACAUGUCAUUAAGCAAUACAAUAGGAUACAA